AUGCUCGAAAAACAAUCACACCAACAAGAGUACAACACAACAAUUCAACAACACAAUAUCGAUGAACAGAAGCAAGGAAACGAUUUACAGGCUAGAUCGCUAAUCGAAAUCCGACUCUGUGAUUAUAAAAAUUUACCUGGCUAUAACGUAACUCUUGCAAAAGCAUGGUACGGCACCAGCAUCAAUGGCACUGAAGCUGGGGUUGCAAAUCUAAUCCACGAGCACAGGGUAGAUAUCGGUGCUGGAGGAAUUCUGAGACACGGAGAUUCGGAAAGGAUAUCAUUUUACGAUUAUUUGAUGCCCACUUUUCCGUUCAGGACCUGCUUCAUCUUCAAAAACCCAGGUAGUGUGAAACCAGGUGUUGAAGUGUUGCGACCUUUCUCAACAUCUACUUGGUACUCAACCUGCGCAGCAGCUUUUGUCAUGUGCUCAGCUAUAAAAAUGGCCUACUGGAUUGAGUACCGCUUUUUGAGAGCCAGAAUCAACUAUAGGUCUUCAUUGUUUCCGCACCGCUUAGGAGGCAGAUUUAUCUAUUUCACCUUGUUGAUUCUGUCUACCCUACUUUACAACUAUUACUCAUCUAGUUUAGUGUCUUCAUUGCUUAACUCAAAACCUUGGACACCCACUAAUCUGAAGGAAUUGUAUGAAACCAAAUUGAGGCUAGGCUCCGAAGAUCAACCAUACACUACACUAUUUAUAACACAGGAACGAAACAACACGUGGGUCCAACAAAUCAACAGCACCAGGUUCUACGAAAAAGACCAAGCUAAUUUCAUGGAACCCAAGGAAGGAGUAGCAUUGGUCAAGAAUGGCGGAUUCGCAUAUCACAGUGAAGUGAAAACCGUCUAUCCAUUGAUAGCAAUGACAUUCGAUGUUGAUUCCAUCUGCGACUUGGUUGAAAUUAAUUUCGUGACACCAGGUGUCAUCGGACUUAUGGCACAAAAGAACUCGCAGUAUACGAAGUUAUUCCUGAUAAGGUGA